UCUUAUCAUCAUAUACCAAAAAACAAACACAAAGUAUGUCACUCACGCCAACAAAGUUCACUUGGGCUUCCGGACCAGGAUCGGUAAAAGUAAAGGGAGAUUGGGAUUCAUGGAAAGAGGAAAUCGAAUUACACAAAAAGGAGGAUGGUUCGUUCGAAAGAGAAGUUCCACUACCGGAAAACAAGCGUAUCCAUUUCAAGUAUAUCGUUGAUGGAAAUUGGGUAACAAAGGAAUCCGAUCCAACUGUCAACGAUGAUGGAAAUAUUAAUAAUACAAUCGACGUCGGUCCUGCACCAAAAGCUGAAAAAUUGACCGAAGGCGUCACUGCUGCUACCGCUGGCGUUGGCGCUGCUGCUGCCGGCGCUGGAGCGGCUGCCGUUGCUGCUGUCAAGGGUAAGGAGAAUGGUCAAUCAGCCACAGCCUCCCAAGCACAUCCAUCCACAAACGAAAAGACAGCGCCUGCAGAACCCAUCAAAGAUGUAGCGGAUGCAGAUAUUAGAAAUUAUCUCCCACAUUCUCUCACAACUGCCACACAUGCUGCCAAACCCGUCUUGGCAAGUACAAUUGCAACAGUGACAGGUGCUGACAUACUACGAGGCAAUCCAGAAGAAUUGCCAGUUUCCGAUGCAGAAAAACAAGCAGUGCAAGCACAAGCAACCAAAGAACCUGCUUCGGUUGGUAAUGCGAUCACAGAUGCAUCCAAAGCAGAAACAUCAAACGCAAAAGCUGGUGCAAACGCUGCUACAGCAGGGGCUUUGAACAACAAAUUAGAUGCACCUGCCGUUCCUGUCACAGAUGCAGGUCAUGCUGCCAAUGUUGAUGCUGCAAGACUUUCUGCCGGUAAAGAAGGAGGUGUGGCAGCCGGUGCAAUUGCUUCAGCAGGGAUCUCAACGACUCAAGCGACCUCUUCAGCUGUCAACGGAUCUGCUCCAAAAGCCGCCAAUGCUCCAGCUCCUGGCUCUUCCACAAAAGCUGACGCUACUGCCGCUGCUCCACCUUCAGCUGCCAAUGCUCCUGCUCCUGCUUCUACAACCAAAGCAAAUGCUCUUGCUGGUGCUCCUCCCGCAGCUGCAAAUGCUCCCGCUCCUGCUUCUACAACCAAAGCAAAUGCUCUUGCUGGUGCUCCUCCCGCAGCUGCAAAUGCUCCCGCUCCUGCUUCUUCCACGAAGGCUGAUGCUGUUGCCGGUGCUCCACCAGCGGCUGCCAACGCUCCUGCUCCUGCUUCUUCCACAAAGGCCGCAGCUGUUUCGGCUGCUCCAGCAUCUUCCAAGGCUUCGAAUGGUGCUGCUCCAGCCUUGAAACCUGAGACAUCGGGUGUGCCAGCAGGUGCGAUUCCCGUUGGAUCCCAAGCUACAAACGGAUCUUCCGCUGCCAAAGCUGAAAAGACUUUACCAACAGCUCCUGCUCAAGCUAGCAAUGGAUCGACGAUCAAAAACGGAAGCAGUACGACCGAUAACAUCCCCACGAAAGCCGCCGCCGCUGCUCCUACCACACCCAAGAAGGCAGACACCGUAAAGGACAAAAAGGGUACUUUCCGUGGUCACUUCAAAGGUGAUUCUGAAGCCGCUACUGGUGAUACAAGCACAGGAAGUGCAGAUGGAUCACGUAGAAAGUCAAGCUUCUUUGGUAAGAUCAAGCAUGCACUCAGCCCACACAGUUCUCCAAGCAAAUAAUAAGUCUGAUGACCCUAUUGGUCGUUGAACUUCAUUCUUCUUCUUCAUUUUUUUGCUACUUUUGUAUACCUCUUGCUUUUUUUUUGUGUUAUUUAAGACGCCCUUUAUUUUGCUUUUUUCUUCUCCUUCUUUUCAUAAUUGCCAUCUGUUCCCUUGCUGUUUAUGCAUUCUACACUCAGAGAUCAAGGUCUGUACAUAACAAAUGUCAUAAAUGCAGUGCUUUUCCUGGCUUAU